AAAUCAAACAAAACAACCCAAAAAGGGUUCUUCUUCUUCACAACACCAAAACACACACUGAGCUUCGUGAUCUAACCUCCAAAACCCUAAUUUCACCAUCAAUCAAUCAUCAUCAUGACGAAGGAACACGCUAACUGGUCUCCAUACGACAACAACGGAGGCACUUGUGUGGCGAUUGCUGGUGCGGAUUACUGUGUGAUUGCUGCGGAUACUCGGAUGUCUACCGGUUACAGUAUUCUCACCCGAGAUUACUCCAAAAUCUGUAAAUUAGCGGACAAGAGCUUCAUGGCUUCUUCGGGUUUCCAGGCUGAUGUGAAAGCACUCCAAAAGGUUCUGUCUUCCAGACAUCUGAUUUAUCAACACCAGCACAACAAACAAAUGAGCUGCCCUGCUAUGGCACAGCUUCUCUCUAACACCCUCUACUACAAGCGUUUCUUCCCUUAUUACGCCUUUAAUGUUCUUGGUGGUCUCGAUGGGGAAGGAAAGGGAUGUGUUUUCACAUAUGAUGCCGUUGGAUCGUAUGAGAGGGUUGGAUACAGUGCUCAAGGUUCUGGUGCCACCCUCAUCACUCCGUUUCUGGAUAACCAGCUUAAAUCCCCGAGCCCUCUUCUGUUACCUGCAAAGGACGCUGUUACCCCACUUUCAGAAGCUGAAGCAGUUGAUUUGGUGAAGACUUGUUUCUCAUCAGCAACAGAAAGAGAUAUUUACACUGGAGACAGUGUUGAAAUUAUGAUCGUAAAUGCCAGUGGUGUUCGCCGUGAAGUUGAACAACUGCGCAAAGAUUAGUUACGAAAUGAGCUUUCUGAAGAUUGUGAAUUUGUUGUCUUGUUGGUUCUUUUCAUGAAUUAAGCUUAAACUUUAUUAGAUUAAAAGCGUGUUUAAUACUUUGAACAUUCAAGAUCUUGGAUUUAUAAUCACAUGAAACUUGUGUUCUUGAACUUAUUUUCGUUCA